AUGGACCAAAUGCAGAACAUGGGAGCAGCCCAGAAUGCCUACUUAGCCAGCAUGGACAAAGUGUUGUGUAGUUCAGCCCAUCGUCUGCCUGCCAGCCCCUGCAAUGGGAGGAGCGAGUCUCCCCUUGACUCUGCUGCUCCUGGGCCUGGCCCUGCCAGCCGCACACACGCCUGCUUCUGCGAGAAGUUCCCUUGGACCCAGUGGACGGCCUGCACCGUGACCUGUGGAGGUGGACAGAGCACCCGGCACAGGCAGUUUGUGAAGAACGAGUACUACUACAAGUUCAGCUGUGCGUCUGUGUGUGCGCCAGGGGUGGAGUACUCCGCCUGUAACCUGGCCGGCUGUAGCACCCCCUGUACCGUGGGCGAAUGGGCCACCUGGUCAGACUGUGAGCCCUGCUCCCGCAAACAGUUCCGUUACAGGAAGCUGGUGAGGCCGGCCCAGUUCGGGGGACAAUGUGAGGAGCUGGACAUGACUGCCGAUCGGCCCUGCCUGCCCAUCACCUUAUGCACCAUCCAUCAGAUCAACUGCCGCGACAAGUUCCAGUGCAAGAACGGCCGCUGCAUCUCACCGAAGCUGCGAUGCAACACGCAGAGGGACUGCAGCGACGGGUCGGACGAGGAGAGGUGCCUGAAGAAAACUCACCCCUGCCCCCGCCACAUACCGGCCAUCCCGGCGGCCCAGCUCAUCGCAGCGGGUAGGUUCAACGCCCUGGCCGGCGAGUUGGCCGGGGAAGUCCUCGACAACACUUUCUUCGGCAAAGACUGCAACACUGUGACUGAGCAUAUCAUCGACAAUCUCUACCGAAUGCCCAGCAACCUGCUCAACUUCACCCUGAAGAGAACUGUCCUGGAGGAUGAUGUCACAGCCAAGUUUUACACGGAUGCAGCCGAUUAUGAAUCUGGAGUGAACAAUGCAGACAAUGUGUACGAUGAAAGGUCUAACAGGUUCAACAUCCCAAUCCUGUACAGUCGCAAAAGAACCACUAAAACCACACGGAAAUCCAGCUUCAAGGAGGUGAUCAAUGCUUCGAAAAAGAAGAACUCUCGGUUUGUCCGAGUGCAUAAAACGAUCGCCUAUUCGGAGUUCACCAUGAAGGACUCAGACCUGCACAUUUCGGACUCCUUGGUGAAAGCCCUGAGCAGCCUGCCCCUGGAGUACAACUAUGCCCUGUACAGCCGCAUAUUCGAGGACUUUGGCACUCACUACUUCAGCUCCGGCACCACCGGCGGCACCUACGACCUGCUCUACCAGUACGACAGCAACAGCAUAGAGGGCUCAGGUCUCACGCAGGCCGAUCUGACGAAGUGCGUCGUCACGGAGACGGUCAGGCGAGUGUUCUUCAUUCCAUUCCGGAGCCACUCGAAGAAGUGCACGGAAAACCACAUGACCAUUCGGACAAGCGGUUCGAUCCUGGAGGCAUCGGAGAAGUCGGUGUCAAUGGUGAAGGGGGGCCGGGUGGAGUACGCUGCCGCCCUCGCCUGGGAGAAUGGACAGCAACUGUCCAACAAAUCGUUCGUGGAGUGGGAGAAAUCGGUCCGUGAUAACCCCACUGUGGUGGACUUCAAGCUGCGGCCCAUCCUGGGCCUGGUGAAGGACAUCCCGUGUGCGGUGACCAAGCGGCAGCACCUGGAGCGGGCCCUGAUGGACUACAUGGAAGACCUGGACCCAUGCAAAUGCCGGCCGUGCCCCAACAACGGCAAGGUGGUCAUGGUGGACAACAGCUGUGCCUGCAUCUGCAGGGCUGGUACCUACGGGGACAGCUGUGAACAUCGCCAGCCCCACUACCACUCAGAGGUGCAGGACGGAUACUGGAACUGCUGGACCUCGUGGAAUUCAUGCGACUCCUCGUUCAGUCGCCGGAGAAGCCGGCAGUGCAACAACCCAGCCCCACAGCACGGGGGCAAACCAUGCGACGGACCCGACACACAGCAGCAGCACUGCCGCAUCUCACUCUUCGCUCAGGAGACCACCCCGUGCGUCAACGACGACGAGGAAAGGCGGGAGAGCGCGACGAAGAGCCCCUGGGACCCCAUAGACAGCUCCCCGCACUGCCCCAGGCCCGAGCCCCCUGAAAACAGCUUCUUCAGGGUGUCCAAGUUUCGGUACGAGGUUGCUGAGAUGCUGGAGGUGAUCUGUUUCUCGGGCUACACUGCCACCGGCUACCAGUUCUACCGCUGCCUACCCGACGGCACGUGGCGCAAGGAGGAGAUGGAAUGCCAACGUGCGGUGUGCAGCGCUCCAGUGGUGGCCAGCCCGGCCUCCCUGCACCCGGUGAUGCGGGAGUACACGUUGGGAGUAUCGGUGACGGUGCGGUGUCCCCACGGCUCCAGGUCCACCAUGGAGGGCAGCUACACCUGCGGCAACGACCUCACCUGGGAGCCCAGCAUCCCCCACCUCAUCGACUGCCAGCCGGAGGGCAGCAGCAGGUGCCCGCCCGGGCAGAAGUGGAGCGGCUCACACUGUGUCUGCAUGUCCCCAACGCAGGACUGCCGGUCCGCCUACUCCGCUGACGUAUGCGCCUUCGACGUCGCGGAGCAAAGCCUGCUCGCCACCUCCAGGUGUGUCUACCUGGCGGCCAGGUGCGGGGGGCAGGAGCUGCAGCUGGUGAAGGAGAGGCUGUGCGAGGAUUCGGACCUGCCCUGGGCAGCAGAACGUGCCCGCCUGUUGGCGCUGGGCGGCAGGAGGGAGCCGUGCGGGCCCCUCGACUCCUGCGGCGAGUGGGAGCAGUGUACAGAGAAUGUCUGCCGCUGCCGGCUUCCCAACCAGUGCCCGGCGGACAGUGUGAAGGACCACUGCGUGGUGCUCAUGUCCAAGCAGAAGACAGUCAGCCUGUGUGUCCUGGGGGCCAUGAAGUGCAGGAGGAUCCCGUUGCAGAGCUGUUCUCCGACACCCUCCCCCACACACUCCGGCCAGAACACCCACCUCACCGCCGAUCUUUUAGCAUGAGGCUCUUAUACUCACCUGCCUUCACCCUGCUAACGCAUGCUACUGUCUACUGAGCUGGAGACACGCCACGACCAUCUCUGGCAACCUUCCAGUCACUCUGAUCAGGAGGGGCGUGGAGUGAAAGAGGGAGAGGGUCUUCAGCUGGAAAGAGUGCAGAAGAGAUUCACCAGGAUGGCACCUGGGCUUUGCAAAAAUCAUUUUUAAAAAUUGUAAUCGGAAAGAGAUCAAAGGGUGACGGAAAUUGUGUUUAGCUGCCACGGGGAUUGGGUGAAAAUGCCCCAACAUGGGGUGUGUUCGUCGGAGGUAACAUGAUUUACAUCUGAUAACAGAGGAAGGGUCUAUAAUGCUGAAAUGUUUUUAUGAAAUCUGGUAUGUAUAAUAUUAAAAAAUCAUGUGAAUCCUUGUUCGGUUUGACUUCCCGAUGGCCAUUGUACCUGAUGCUCCGAAAUAAAGCCUUUUUGAUUGCC